CGGCGCAGUCGGGCCUGGCUCUUGGCUACGCGCAACUCUACAUCGCUCUCGAGGGCGCAUAUACCGGAGUGGCUGCUUCGUGCCUCAUCAUCUACGAGCUCCUAAUCACUAUUAGUGAUGAGAUUAGGAUUGUCUGGAAGAGACCUGUUACAGCAUCCACUAUCCUUCUUGGUUCGAUACGAUGGUGUUGGCUUUUCACGGCUAUUCUGGAACUUACGCCAUACAUCCCAACAGUACUGCGUACCGUUAGGUAACUUGUCUCGAAUACUAGCCCUUGUUGGAUAUGCCCAGACUGCACUGUUUUCCGCCCUACGCGUCUUCGCGAUCUGGGACAGGAGUUAUGCCUGGUCACUGCUGGUGUUCGCGCUGAGCAUGGCGCCAUUUGUGACAAACCUGAUUGCUGAGGUGAUGACAAAAACUAUUCCCGUCGUAGAGCCAUACAUUGGUGCGACGUGCGUUACAGAGUUGCCGUUUUCGACUGAAAUAACCAUCAUGUGUACGUCCCAUUGUUGGAGGCUUUGGGCGUUUCAGAGACCCUGACGUCACUCGCGCGCAGUCGUAUACGUUACACGCGCCUUACUCAUCCUCGCAGACACGAUUGUGGUCGUCCUGACCUGGAUUAAGACAUUUGGACAUUGGAGGGACGCCCGUCGCCUCAAGAUCCAUGUGCCUCUGACAGCGUGUCUACUGCGUGACGGAACGAUCUAUUUCAUGUGAGCGUGAUGAGAAACCGUUCAUUUGAUGGACUGCUCAUAGACUACAACGAAUAUAGAGCACUGCUAGUGACGAACAUACUACAGCUGCUGACCUAUAACUUCUCUGGGUUUGCAUCGUUUAUGACUCCGUUUAUCAUAGCUCUACCCCCGGUACUCAUUAACCGCUUCAUGAUCAACCUACGGACGACCCACUCGGAAGUGGUGGACUACACCAUAUCUAUUAUUGAUCUGCAGCCAGUACCUCCGGUGCGAGUACCGCCGGCGUCGCAUCCCAGAAGGUCAAUGGGUCGGUUGGGCAACAUGGGGGAGAUGCUGCAAGAUGGCUGGGACGACGGCGAUGCUUGGGACGAAGAGAAUAGCUCUGCAGAAGCAGACGGGGCAGAAAAUCGUGGGACCAGUGCGUACGCAUAAUUGAUAAUAUCGCACAGAUAAACCAGCACGGAUGGUAUGUUCUAGACUGCCUGGAAUGAGAUAAACUCGGC